GGAAGUUUCAUUUUUGUUGUUUUUGUGCAACAAUACCUUCUCACUCGCUGGUGCACUGUUGUUGUCUCGCUCGCACGGAAGGUUUUUCACGGUUUUCACGCGAAAAAUUAUGCGAGGAGGGCCCCAUUUUUUUUUACUGAAGCACCCUUGGGGCUCCAAAGGAUCCCAAGCUACUUUUGGAGCCCUAAAAAUGUACUUUUUUGUUAAAAAAUCAGGAAAAAAGAGAAUUAAGCUUGCUCUAUUCUUCUCACUCGCACAAUACACUAUUGUUGUCGCAUUCUUCGCGCUCUUUUGAAGGUAUUUUUUUUUGUGGAGAAAAAAUGUUGAAAAAGAUUGAGAAAAUUGCAUUCGCUGCGCUGAAUUGAGUGAUAAUUAAUUGGCACGUAGCUGCAAAAGGUUUGUACAGACUCUUUGGGGCCCCUGCCAUUGGGGGGACAGCGUGCUGGGGGCUCGUGAGGAUUAGUUGUCACUUUUGGGGGGCACCCACCAUAUUUGUUUGAUUGUGACUUCUGGGGGCGAACGAUGUGAUGGUUGAAAAAAAGUAGCUAAAACCUGAUUGCACGGGUUCUCUUGGCAAUUGUUAUCCGACGAAUGGGAUUCAGGUACUGUUAGGUGAAGGUCUGUCCGGUUGUCAUGGCUCGGGAGAUGGGGAUUUAGUGGCAUUUGGGGUGUAAAGUGAAGCUGCUGCAGAUUAAAGGGACCUCGGACAGUGAUUGAGACCAGUGAAGCAGUUUGGGCGUAAGAUCGAGUGAAGAAGCAGAGCCCCUAAAACGUUUUUGAGAGGAGAGAGAGAGAGAGUUCCGGAAACGGUGUAAAGUGGACAGGAUGAAGUAUCCGGGGCAGCAUGCAUCGACGGUGUUUUGCGAACAAGUUGGCACCGUGACGACACUGUUUGAGCAGUGGAAUGACUGUGAGCGCACCGUGGUGCUCUAUGCCCUCCUGAAGCGUGUCCCCUUUGCGAAUCUCAAGUUCCUGCAGUUGUCAAUUGAGUACAAUAUCGCCCAAAACUACAAUAGCCAGUCGCGUUUGCAGAUUCUCGAGAGUAAUUCCAACAAUGGGGUCUUCCUGGCGAAACUCCUUGGGGCCUACAAAGGUAGCAAGUCCGAGCCCCCAGAUGCUGUGAUCUACGAAACGGACGGCAUGUACAAGCGCGAACGCAAGGAGGAUAUUCUCAGUGAACUCCUCACGUACCUGCCACUCCUAAAGCCCGGAAAUGACGAAGCCAAAGCCGUCUACAUGGCCAUUGUACCCAUUGCCGUGGAGGACUCGGUGCGACAACUCGUACCAGCUGAAUUGGUGCAGCAAAUCCUUUCGUACCUGCUCAUCCAUCCCGCCGUCACGAGUGAUGACAGAAGGUACCUUAUCGAUAACACUAUGCUCACUACCCCCUUUAUCAUGAGAUCCCUUGGGCACUGGCUGCACAAUCUGGAGGAGUACAUUAGCUCACCGUACAGCAGUAAAUCACAGUCAAGUUGCCUCCUGGAUGCGAAUGGAUCGACAAAUUCGAGUACUUCGACGCUGUGGCAGAGCCCCGCAGCGGGAAAGGCGGAAUGCACAAAGUGGGGCGGUGUCUUUUGUGACGAUGGCGCGGCACCCAUGAAGGAUUUCCGGAAGACAGUUGGGAAGAAUGUGGAAUUUAAGGCAACAGGUGGGAGUCCGCUGUAUGAGAAUCCGUCGGAUGAUCAGGAUGUGUCCUUCUCGAAGAAUGGCACGGAAAUUUUGGAUUUUGACGAUGAAAAUAAGUCAAAUACAAAGAUUGCUUUUGAAUCACUCACACUGCGGGAUUUGCUGGCUGUGCCCAGUUUCCUCGAUGGCGCUGCAGCGGUGCUGAAGACACGACGGAGUAACAGUCUGACGACAUCCGGACAGGUGACGACUGUGACAUCGGCCUCAGCGGAGAAUUUAGCGCAAAUUGUCCAGAAACCCCGAAGUUUCUCCUUGACAACAGUGGAGAGUACCCAUGGGGUUCAGGCGUUGACAGCUGGUGGCUCCGAAACGCGCCUGGAUGACUUCCGGCCGAGUCUCAUGAAGACGCCCGCCCAUCAGGUGGGUAUGAGUGGGAUUGGGCAGUGGCUAAAGAGUCUCCGGUUGCACAAGUACGUGUGGCUCUUCACAAAUAUCACGUACGAGCAAAUGAUGGACAUCACGGAGGAGCACCUCCAGAAUUUGGGCGUUACCAAGGGAGCCCGCCACAAGCUUGUCCUCUGCAUCCAGAAGCUGAAGGAGCGUCACAGUCGGUUGGUGGACAUGGAAAAGGGCCUCCUGACGGAUCAGGCCUUUCUAGCGCCAGCUCUCGAGGAGCUGGCUAAUGUUGUUCUCACACCAAUGAAGCCAGUCAAUCACUACGCCAAAGAGGAUGUUGCAGCGCAAUUCUUCAAAGUUAUCGAACUCAUUGCAUCCCUCCUGGCCAGCAAAUCAGCUUCUGGACAUGCUGACGAGGAGAGCAUGAAUGCCUUCAUUUGGGUUCUUGAGCGUGCACUGCACAAUGAAGCCUUCGUGGCGCAGACGAAUCAAUUGAAGGAGUUCAAGUACAAGAUGUCAAAGAUAAAGAUGCAAUUUGGGGCAUCUGCAACAGCAAAGGGGCACUACAGCAAAUCCGCCAUGAAUACAAUGGGAAAAGUCAGAUGGAAUCCCGGAACAAAACCCCACAAGCCAACGGAUAAAUGUGGCACCCGGAAGAAUUCAACUGGCACACUUCCCGGUUAUCCGAUGCCCCUGCAGCAGACUCCGUAUGUCAGCGAUCCGGACUCCAAGUAUCAUGUCCAUCAUGGUGCGCCACAGCAUCACCACCACCAGACACCGAGUCACUACAGCAAAUCCUCAUCAUAUCCGAAUUUUUCAUCCACAUCCUCCUCCUCUUCGUCCUCUUCGGGUAAGCCCCAACCACCGGCUGCGCAUGGGUUUCCCGCACAGUCAUCCGGAGGGAAUUACCAUCGACACAGCUUGAAUAGCCUGAUGGGGGCAAAGAGUUACUUCAACAAGGAGAAUGUACAGCGACAGCCGGCCGGAUGUGCGGGUGCACCGACAUUUAGUAGUGUCUUGGGGCAGCAGAAUGCCACGGAGGUGCGACAAACGGUGGUGGCGCCAAAGGAGGUGGAUGGGAAGAGUACCAAGUCCACAAUUGGAGAUAUAAAUAGUCGUCUUGAAUUUUUAUGUCUCCAAAUGACGGAGCAGGCAAUUAAUUGAAGUGUGUAGCAUUAUGGCUCUAAUGCUGUUCCCCAGUAAAUUGGGGGAUUACACCCUCCUGAGGGCCUUCCUGUGAAGUCACCAACACCCCUUUUAAAGAAAAAAAAAAGAGAGAGCCCCAAAAGUGAUGUUUCAGUGUAUCUUUUUUGCGUGUUUGCGUGUUUUCACGAACUUGACGGAUCGAUUCUAGCUCACAAAAAAAACUACUUUAGUGUUAUUCAAACCAAUGUCUCUUUGGUAAAUAUUAUUCCUAUUAUAUAAAAAAUUAAUAAUAUCUGUUACUUAUCUUCCGGGGAAGUUCCUCAUGAAAAGAAAAAUCCUAAAGAGGAAAGAAAAUGAGAAAAAAAAAACGAAAACCCUAUAAAAACAAACUGCACCUAAAAGACACAACUAAAAUAGUUUAGAAAUGUGAGAAAAAUGUCGAUGAAAAAAAAUAUUUAGUUAAAAAAUAAAAAAUCUGUAAAGUUUUUUUUUGUUGAAAAGAAAUCUAAGAAUAAGUUAUUUAAAAAAAAAUUGAAAAUAUCGUGUUGAAUAUAAAAUAAAAAUUAAGAAAAGUCGAUCGAUACGAAAGACGCGGGCGAAAUGAGCCCAAAAAGUUGAGAAAAAGAAAGAUUUUUGUUGAAUGGUUGAUAAAAUUCACAAAAAAAAGAAGAAAAAACUACUAUAUAUUUUUAUUGCGAUAAAGAAAGUCUUUAAUAUAAAAAAUCUAUUAUACAACUAUUACCCCCUCUUGUUUAUUAUUUAGUUUAAAGAGCGUGUUAAGAUAAAAAAAAAAUGCUGUGAGAUUUUUUUCUGUUAAGUUCUUUUAAAAAAAGGAUAACAUUUUGUUUUUUUUUUUUGCAUAAAAAGCAUUAUUUUGACAAGCACAACGGAGAGAAAGAAUAUUUAAAAAAAACACUCGUUGUGACUAUAAAAACCAAAAAAAAAAUCAAGUUGAAAAAAAAUUCUUUAGAGUUGUUUAAGAUGAAUAAAAAACAUUAUUUUCUGUAUUAGACGUGCUUUGCUAGUCAAAUAUGUAAAGUUAGUGAGAGAAGGAUGAAUUUAAUGUAUUUUGAAAUUGUAUGAAAAAAAAAACUCUUACAUAAAAAAACGAAAAAAAAACAUUCCAUUUGGGUAUUAAAAAAAACUAAUUUGCGAAAACUUUGCAAAAAAAAACCGCGCGCGUUUCUAUAAAGAAAUUGAUUUUCACAACAAAAAAAUUCUUCUAAAAAAUAGAAAAUAAAUCUUAAUUAUUAGAUAGAUAAAUCCUAAAAAAAAAUAUCAAUGUUGCGUGGAGAAAAUAUUAUUAAAAGAAAACUAAAACAAAAGAGUCAAUAAAACUAUUUUCAUGUGGCGAGAGAUGCGAAAUGUAAAAAAAGUCUUGAAGAAUAGACGAAAAGUGAUAAAGAGUAGUUAGCCAAAAAAAAGAAGAAAAAAUCUGUAAGAGAUUUGGAUUCACAAAUAAAAAUCAAUUAACUGACCAUAAAAA